AUGGCGUCUGCCGAUCUGCUGGUAGUGAUCCUGGACUUAAUAAUGAGGCACAUUCCGAUAGUUUAUGAAGAACAGUUUAUUUUUCUUGAGUCAAUCCCGGUGUGUAAUAUCCACGCCGUCCUGCUCUAUGCAGCCACCGACUGUUCGGUCUGGUUUACCGUCACUUUCACUUUUGAUCGUUUUGUGGCCAUUUGUUGCCAGAAGUUCAAAUCUAAAUACUGCACCGAGCAGACUGCGGCCUCUGUUAUCGCGACCGUAACUGUGCUAAGUUGUUUAAAGAACGUGUUUUGGUAUUUUAUGCUGACUGGCGUUUACAUGCUCGAUAAUCUUCCUUGGUUUUGCUGGGGAAGAAACGGCGUCGUAUCCUCGCCUGCAUGGGGGGCAAUUGAAUUUCUUCAUUAUCUCAUCACUCCUGUGGGUGCGUUCAUUGUCAUACUCUUGCUUAACGUAUUGACUGUCAGACGUAUUCUAGUGGCGAGCAGAGCCCGCAAGAGACUCCGUGCUCAAGGCAAUGUGGAUAGUUGCCGAGACCCAGAGAUGGAGAGCCGCAGGAAGUCUAUCAUUGUGUUACUCUUCAUCUCGGGGAAUUUCAUUCUGCUCUGGGCCGCAUUUGUCGUGUUUUCCAUUUGGAUGCGAAUCUAUUGUUUGUGGGCUAUCACUGAAUUCCCACCUUAUUCUGUGCAAGAACUCGGCUUUAUGCUUCAGCUCCUGAGUUGCUGCACAAACACUGGUCUUUACGCCGUGACACAAACCAAGUUCAGGCAGCAACUGAAGGAUAUGGUGAAACGUCCCGUCAGUUUCCUUACAAAAUGCAUAAUAAGGUGA